AUGGCACCACUCACGUUCGUGACCGGUAACGCGAACAAACUCAGGGAGGUGCAGCAAAUCCUGUCUGCAGGCGAUCGGCCAAUCGAAAUUCAGUCCCGAAGUCUUGACAUCGAUGAGAUUCAGGGAACGACCCAGGAAGUCGCUAAAGCCAAGUGCCGUCGGGCAGCCGAGCUGAUACAAGGACCGGUUAUUACUGAAGAUACCGCCCUAUGCUUCGAAGCCUUGAAAGGUCUUCCCGGGCCUUACAUCAAGCACUUUCUGGCAGAACUCGGCCACGAAGGACUCAAUAACCUUCUCGUCGGUUUUCCAACCAAGAAUGCAUGGGCGCUAUGUACCUUUGCUUACUGUGCUGGACCCGGAUCGGAGCCGAUCUUGUUCGAGGGCCGCACUAAUGGAAGGAUAGUUCCCGCAAGAGGACCUGGUCUGUUUGGAUGGGAUCCUGUCUUUGAGCCAAUCGGUACUGGUUUAACCUACGCAGAAAUGCCGUGUGAGCAAAAAAACAAACUUUCUCAUCGUUAUCGUGCCUUGGAGAAACUUCGAGCAUAUCUUCAGAACACCUUGUGA